AUGAGUAUUCCAGGAUAUGUGUUCGAAUGUCUGGACAAAUGCGAAUGCGAUACCGAAGACGAGGUUAUACAUUGUCAUAAUGGAGACCGAACAGAACUACAGCUUCCUCAAGGCGAGCGGCUUCGUGGCUUUCCCGUCAUUGGUUUGACAUACAAUCAAAUUGUAAGGCUUCCUGACGAAGUAACUCUAUUGACUAAAUUUCCAGACUUAAUGGUUAUUGAUGUUGAACGAAACCCGGAUUUCGAUUGUGAUUCGUUGAAAGAAUACGAGCGAGUAAAAAUCAUAUCCGACUGUUUCAAAAAUAUCACUGAGAUCGAUCGCGUGCCGAGAAUUUAUCGACCAUCUCGUGAAUGCGAUUUCGCUUGCCAGGCAGCCAAGCACUAUGCAAACCUUCACGGAUAUGUUUUACAACUAUGGGAAAUUCUUAAGGAGAAGUACAGGAAUUUCAGCUUGGAUGCAACUCUUCGUCAAGUACAGGAAUUCUUCAAGCACUUGGUGCGUCGAGUUAAUCAAUUCGGUAGCGAGGUACAGAUGAAUUUGAAGAAGCAAUCCAAACCCCCACAUCCGAAAUACGUGACACCAAUGUCGGAGCUGGAUGAAAUCGUCGACGAAUCGGAUGCUUAA